AUGGCCACCAGUCCCAUCUCGUUCAGCCCUCUCCUCAUCAUCUCGUUUAGUUUUGGUUCAUUUUUUUACUCUAGCUUCACUAAUUUAAACCAUCUAGCUACGAAUUUUGACGAUCUACCACCUAAUUUCAUUGGCGAGGGUCGUUUUUUGCGAGAGCCCCGUCAGCCCAGGACACCCUCUUGUCCCCCUGUCCUUCCAACUGCAAACGCCGAUGGGCUGGCUCCAGAGCCGACACGAUUUACAGGACAAAACAGGCCACUUCUUACGCUUUCCCUCCAUCAGCAUAGGCCACCAAGCUCAGCACUCGGCUGCAUUGGCGUCAUUGGUCAGCUGGUCGCAGGUACCAGGUUGUUGAUGGGGCAAAGCGAUGGUUGGCCAGACGGUGUGGUGUUGCAGUCACCGAUUGCCAAUCCGCCUAAGCCGACUUGA